CGGCGGCGGGGCCGGGGCUGCGGCGGGCACCGGGAACGGCAGCGGGAGCGGCGGGACCCGGCGGGGCGGGGACGGAGCCGCAUCCCGGCGGCGCCGCCGCAGCGCAGCAGCAGCGCCGGCAUUUUCAGCCUCGAGGAGGGGCCGGGAGCGCGGAGGGAGCGGCGGGGACCCCGCCUGGACCCCGAUGAGAGCAGCUCGGGCUCCCGGCGAUCCUCUCACGGCCGGGCCUGAGACAAGCCAGUGACACGCCAGUGACACGCCAGUGACACGCUGUGACACACUGUGACACGCCUGUGACACGCUGUGACACGCCUGUGCCCCCGCAGCCCUGCCCAGCCCGCGCCGCUUCGCCCCGCGCCUGGGGCCCGCUGCAAGGCAGGACAUGGACUCCAUGUUCGAGGACGACAUCAGCAUCCUGACGCAGGAGGCGCUGGGGCCGGACGAGGACUGGCUGGACAGCCCCAACACCGACCUGUCGGGCGAGAUGUGCUCGGCCUCGCACUUCGCCCUCAUCACCGCCUACGACGACAUCAAGAACCGGCUGACGGGGCUCGAGAGGGAGAACUCCACGCUCAAGCGCCGCCUCAAGAUGUACGAGGUCAAGUACCCCCUGAUCGGCGAGUUCGGCGAGGAGCACAUCUUCUCCCUCUACGAGGCCAAGGAGAACUCGCUGCUCAAGAGCGAGAAGGCGUCGCUGCAGCAGCAGCUCAACCAGUUCCAGCACGAGCUGCAGAAGAGCAAAGAGCGGGAGGAGCAGCUGGAGGAGAUGAUCCAGGCCUACGAGAAGCUGUGCGUGGAGAAGGCGGACCUGGAGACGGAGCUGGGAGAGAUGCGGGCGCUGGUGGAGACGCACCUGAGCCGCAUCCGGAGCCUGGAGCAGCAGCUGCGGCAGCGCGACAGCGGCGCCUUCCCCGGGCUGGGCGCCCCGGACGUGCCGUUCAUGGCCCUGCACCCCGGCCCCGGGCUGAGCCACGUGCUGGAGCGCGCCGCGGGCUGGCAGAGCCGCGGGCUGGAGGCCGAGCUGGAGGCGGCGCGCCAGGAGAACCAGCGCGCCCAGCACCGCGAGGAGCACCUCAAGGCCGAGUGCGAGAGGCUGCAGGCCGAGCUCAAGCACCUGCAGGACCGCCGCGAGCAGGAGCAGUCGGAGCGGGACAUGGCCUGGGUGAAGAAGGUGGGCGACGACCAGGUGAACCUGGCGCUGGCCUACACGGAGCUGACGGAGGAGCUGUGCCGCCUGCGCAACCUCAGCUCGCUGCAGAGCCAGAUCCUGCGGGCGCUGCUGCAGGACAAGAGCCUCAACGGGGGCCAGCGCCACUCGCCGCUGUCGCAGUGCCACUCGCCGGCCCAGCAGCGCCGCUCGCCCGCCCCGCAGUGCCCCUCGCCCGUUCCCCCGGUUCGCCCGCAGUGCCAAUCCCCCGCCCUCCAGCGCCGCUCGCCGGGACCCCCGAGCCAAUCUCCGGCCCAGCAGCGCCGCUCGCCCGCGCCCGGCCCGUGCCAGUCGCCGGCCCAGCAGCGCCGCUCGCCGGUGCCGCCGCCCAGCCAGUCCCCGGGGCAGCAGCGCCGCUCGCCCGCGCCGCCGCCGCCGCCCUGCCCGGCCCCGGGCGCGGCGUCCCCGCACCGCCUGCCCGCCGAGCGCAUGGAGCUGCCCUACGCCAAGCCCUCGAGCCGCCACAUCAAGGCCGGCUUCCAGGGCCGCCGCAGCUACUCGGAGGUGACCAACGUGGCGCUGUACCAGCAGAGCCGCUCGCUCUGGCUGCAGCCCGAGGCCUCCACGCUGCCCAAGCACCGGCCCUACGGCGAGGUCUACCUGGGGGCCGCGGGGGCGCCGCUGAGCGCCCACGAGCCCUUCGAGGAGCACGUGCGCUUCGAGAAGCAGUCGUCGGACGAGGAGGAGUGGGCGCUGCCCAGCCCGCCCAGCCCCGAGGCCGGCGCCAUCCGCUGCGCCUCCUUCUGCGCCGGCUUCCCCGCGCCCGACGCCGACGCCGCGCACCGGACGGCGGCCGCCUACGCCCGCGCCGAGCACGCCCAGUCCUGGCCUUCCAUCAACCUGCUGCUGGAGACGGUGGACUCGGAGGUGCGGAGCUGCCCGCUGUGCCAGCUGGCCUUCCCCAUCGGCUACCCGGACGAUGCCCUGGUCAAACACAUCGACUCGCACCUGGAGAACAGCAAGAUCUGAGCCUCGCCCCCUUCCCCACCUUUGGAUGCUGCAUGGAAACACACCGGGAGCGCCGCCUCCCGAAAUACCUCCAAGUCUUCAGUAGCUACGGAAAGACUGAGCCCCCCCGGCCCCAGCCAGAGCCCCCCGGAGCCCC